CAAGAGGUUUAGAGAGACUAUUGGCGAGCAUGCAACAUAUUCACCCACACCUCCCUCAUUAUUAUCAACAGGGCGGUGACGUGCUAUGUUGAAAAGCAAACUGUCAGUUUACAAAGAACAAGCCCGGUCUUUCCAUUUGCAAUGUUUGCCAAAUUAAGAUUAUCGGUCCUGUAAAUUCCCGUGGGACGACGUUAACACCAAACCGUCAUCACAUCAUUCUGGACAGCUUGACCCAAAUCAACAAGAACACGACUCGCGUAUAGAAAUGGCAUCUAUGGCAGCGUCGGCGCAUGAGUCGAGCUCUGCGCUUGCUGAUGCUUUACUCCCUGCUAGUAUAUUCGCACCUGACCGGGGAGGAUGCGUGGAGGACCCCGGGGACGAGUUUUACGAGGACGGGGACGUGGUCAACGGCGAGCCCGAGGACCGAAGGAUUGACUUCACUAGCAAGCUGGCCCUUGUCAGUCCAAAUGGAGAGCAGUAUGACUCCUUACUUAGCCAGCUAAGGGAAAGGAUGGAAGAGGGGUCUGGAGAGACCAUCUACGUGGUUGGGAUUGGUUCAGAUGGUGGUGAUUGGGGUCUCAACGAAAAAGACAUGGAGGCUUCCGAGGCCACUGUGCGAUCCAUGUGUGCACAGCUGGACUCUGAUCUGAUUCCUCUCAGAGAACGGACUGAGGCAGAGGGUUUGGUACGUGACUAUUUGAUACGUCGUUGUGUCGGGGAGCUGGACUUCCUGGAGGUCCGGGUGGCAGUGGUAGGGAAUGUGGAUGCUGGCAAGAGUACUCUUCUUGGAGUCUUAACACAUGGAGAACUUGAUAACGGCAGAGGUUUUGCUCGCCAGAAACUCUUCAGACAUAAGCAUGAAAUGGAAAGCGGCAGGACAAGCAGUGUGGGCAAUGAUAUCCUCGGAUUUGACCAAGAGGGUCAGGUAGUGAACAAACCAGAUAGCCAUGGAGGAAGUCUGGAUUGGACCAAAAUCUGCGAGAAGUCCUCCAAAGUGAUCACCUUCAUUGAUCUGGCUGGCCAUGAGAAAUACCUCAAGACAACUGUGUUUGGAAUGACUGGACACCUACCAGAUUUUUGCAUGCUUAUGGUUGGCAGUAAUGCAGGAAUUGUGGGUAUGACCAAAGAGCAUCUGGGUCUGGCUUUAGCCCUCAAUGUGCCCGUGUUUGUUGUGGUGACAAAAAUUGACAUGUGUCCAGCCAAUAUUCUGCAAGAGACGUUAAAGCUGCUUCAGAGGUUAUUGAAGUCCCCUGGCUGCAGAAAAAUCCCUGUCCUGGUGCAGAACAAGGAUGAUGUCAUAGUCACUGCAUCCAACUUUAGCUCUGAAAGGAUGUGUCCCAUUUUUCAAAUUUCAAAUGUGACUGGAGAGAACAUGGAUUUGCUCAAGAUGUUCCUCAACCUGCUCUCAUCACGGACGUGCUACAGAGAUGACCAGCCAGCUGAGUUUCAGAUUGACGACACCUACUCUGUACCAGGAGUUGGAACAGUCGUAUCAGGAACUACUUUACGUGGAUUAAUACGUCUGAACGAUUCCAUGUUACUGGGGCCAGACCCUUUGGGCAGUUUCAUAUCCAUUGCUGUCAAGUCAAUCCACCGCAAGAGAAUGCCUGUUAAGGAAGUCCGAGGUGGUCAGACUGCAUCCUUUGCACUCAAAAAGAUCAAGCGUUCAUCCAUAAGGAAAGGCAUGGUUAUGGUGUCCCCAAGGUUGAACCCACAAGCCACUUGGGAGUUUGAGGCAGAGAUUCUUGUUCUACAUCACCCAACUACGAUAUCACCCCGAUACCAGGCUAUGGUCCAUUGUGGUAGUAUAAGGCAGACUGCUACCAUAUUGUCCAUGAAUAGAGACUGCUUACGGACAGGGGACAAGGCCUCUGUCCACUUCCGCUUCAUUAAGACACCUGAGUAUCUUCACUGUGACCAGAGGCUGGUGUUCAGGGAGGGACGCACCAAGGCUGUAGGGACCAUCACAAAGCUUCUUCAGUCCACCAAUAAUUUGCCGUCAAACUCCAAACCUCCACAGAUAAAAAUGCAAUCCACGAAAAAGAUCCUAGUCCGAAAAGAGGACGGAACCACGACAACCAGUGAUGAGGGCAUAACGAUAGCACACUCAACAGGCACAAGCGUGACACAGGGAGAGGGGGAGGAGGACCCUCAGUUAAAGGAGGGCAACAAGGAGAACAAGCCAAAGACUGGAGGAGGUGGAAGAAGAAGAGGUGGUCAGCGACACAAAGGAAAAGGCCAGAACAUUUCUGCGACAGCAGCCUCCACAUCAGGAACGGGAGGAUGCUAAACUGAUACCCUCUGCUUACCUCCCUAUCUAUCACUCCAUUCCAGCUAUUUUAGGGUGAAACACUCUUGCCCCUCAUUGCCUUUUAUACCAGGAUUUUAUUGUAAAGGGAAUUUGAAGAGCUAUACUCAUAAAAGCGCCCAGCUUGGAUUUUAUGUAAUUGAAUCUGCCAUCACUGUUGAGAAUAGUUUACAUGACAGGAGAGUGGAGUAGCUUGUCACAAUCAUUUAUAGUUUUUUUUAAGUGGCUUCAUGAAGAGGAGGGAGGUAAAAACCCCAUCAAGUGUCCAAAAAAUACAAGCAGCUAAAAAUUACUCUCCCAUGCAUUCCAUAUGAAUUUGCAUUUCGAAGAACAUUUCGUGUACUAUUUAUAUAUUAUGUAAAUGAGUUGUUGGCCACACCCUGAUUGAAGAUUUUGGUAUAUAACUGAAUGUAGCAGAGAACAUCCUGUUUAUCCUGAAUCUGGGGGAUCUAAUACAAGCUGAUAUUUUAUAAUUGUCUAUUUAUUUGGCAUAUAUGCAAAAUUGUACCCUUCAAUAUUUGAUGUUCUUAACUUGUAAAACGUAUUUCUUGCGCUUUUUCCACUGAUGUGCUGCAUCAUGGCUCCACCCUACAAACACAAUUCUUGUCACCCCAGCAGGCACUCAUGAUUGUAAAACAUGCCGUGCUAAUUGUAAUCUCUAGUACCUAUUGUGUUACAGCUUGCUACCGUUAACGUGUGACAUUUAUUCAACUAAAUAUAAAUAAACUGGUUGUACUGAGCUGCACAACAUUUUUAA